AUGGUCGUGCAUGAGACUGCUGGGCCAUAUGGCAGCCUGCACCUAUAUUGUCAGGCACACCAGACUGAGGCUCAGGCCGCUGCAGGCGUGGUUGGUGGGGUCGUUCAACCAGGCCAGAGACAGUUGAGACUGGAUCCUUACAGUGCCGGAGGGAGUCCUCGCCUCGCUCAGUUGGCGGACAUUGGAGAGCAAGCGAACGGGUCAGCGACUGUCGCGGGUGCUCAGGGUUUCUCUUCAUGUGCAAUUGAAAAUGACUUUAAAUCAAAUGAAGAACCUCUUCUCAGAAAAAAUCCUCGUCGAUUUGUCAUCUUCCCACUGCAAUACCCGGAUUUGUGGAAAAUGUAUAAAAAGGCACAAGCUUCAUUCUGGACAGUAGAAGAGGUUGAUUUAUCGAAGGACUUUCCUCACUGGAACAAGCUGAAAUCAGAAGAAAAAUACUUCAUCUCUCAUGUCCUGGCUUUUUUUGCAGCCAGUGAUGGAAUUGUAAAUGAAAAUUUGGUGGAGCGUUUCAGCCAGGAAGUGCAAAUCCCAGAAGCUCGCUGUUUCUAUGGCUUUCAGAUUUUAAUUGAGAAUGUUCACUCGGAGAUGUACAGUUUGCUGAUAGACACUUACAUCAAAGAUCCCAAGAAACGAGAAUUUUUAUUUAAUGCAAUUGAAACAAUGCCUUGUGUGAAGAAGAAAGCAGAUUGGGCCCUGAGGUGGAUAGCAGACAGAGAAUCAACUUUUGGGGAGAGAGUGGUUGCCUUUGCUGCAGUGGAAGGAAUCUUCUUCUCAGGUUCUUUUGCUGCUAUAUUUUGGCUGAAGAAGAGGGGUCUUAUGCCUGGACUGACAUUCUCCAAUGAACUCAUUAGUCGAGAUGAGGGUCUGCACUGUGACUUUGCUUGUCUAAUAUUUCAUUAUUUAGUGAACAAGCCUUCAGAAGAGCGAGUCAAAGAGAUAAUUGUUAAUGCGGUUGAAAUUGAGCAGGAAUUUUUAACAGAGGCUUUACCAGUGGGGUUGAUUGGAAUGAAUUGCAGUUUGAUGAAACAGUAUAUAGAAUUUGUGGCAGACCGGUUACUUACAGAGCUUGGGUUUUCUAAGGUCUUCCAAGCAGAAAACCCUUUUGAUUUCAUGGAGAAUAUUUCACUGGAAGGAAAAACAAACUUCUUUGAGAAGCGGGUUUCAGAGUAUCAGCGCUUUGCAGUUAUGGCAGAAACAACGGACAAUGUUUUCACUCUGGAUGCAGAUUUCUAAUCUCUCUUCAGAGAGCAUCUUGACUUUUCCCUGUUCUCCCAUUUCACUUCUUGUUGAGAAGUUUUCUAUAUUUCUUCUAGAGUUGACUAGGAUUUUUUUUCCUGGCUUCCUACUUUGUGUGAAGUUAAAAUUUACACUUGAAUAGACUAAUUUAUCUGUACAAUAUGUAGGUUAUAACCUAUAGUGUAAAUAUCUUUUUGCUUUGCACCAUGUAAAAAUGUCCUCUUAAGAAAUUCAUGCAGCUUCUUAAAGAGAUAUAGUGUAAAGAGCUUAUUGAGUCACAUUUUUGUUACUUAUGUAAAACUGAUUUGGUGACUUAUUUAAAUGGCUGCAAUAGGUGCAUUCCUGUGCUUUAGUUAAUUAUCUCAAACUGCAUCUGUGCCUCACUCUUCGCAGUAUUUUAAUCUUGAGCCCUGGUGAGGUAACACUGCAUGUAAAUAUUUUUCUGUGACCUCUUACUAUUUUAAAAUGUAAAUUCACAAAUCUAGAACAGUGCUUCCACUUUGUCCGUAUGGUAGAGUACACUUCUCCACGGCUUCAAAAACUUUAAUAAUGGAAGGACUGCUGUGUGUAUAGUGGGGUAUAAAGUACGAUGAUGGUAUGAUCUUAUCAGAUCAAGCAAUACAAUUUUCUUGGAUUUCUCUGUUAACCUGUGAUGUAACUCAAGCAGCUUUCAUGCCAUGUGCUAAAUGUGGCCUAUCAGUAUUAGCAGCAAGUGUUCAAGGAAAAAUAUCCUUCAUAUAAGAUUUGAUUUGUAGUAUUGUAAAUCAGGUGCAUCUAUAUUUAAAACUUGGACCUGGAAUGAGUCAGUGGCAUUCAAAUUCCACCUACUUUAUUUAAUCCAGUUGCUGCUACUUACAUUUAAGUGCCUCAACAGUAAGCAGACGGCCAACAUUAACCUCUGAUUGCACUGGGGUUGUGAUCAGCAUCUGACACUGAAAUAUCAAUUUCUAUAUAUCUUCUUUAUUUUACCCAUUUAGCUGGAUAUUCUACACUUCCCAUCCUUCUGAAUUUCUCAAGCACAUUUGUAAUGUAAGGUGGUGUGUCAUUCCUCCCACCCUCCCUUGAGGUACCAAAACAUUUUUACUUGAGCCUUGUACCAUUAAGAAUUCAGAUACUAUGGUGAUGGUUAUCUUUCUAAUUGAAAGCUCAAUGUGCAUCAUCAAAGCAUUACAACAGAAUUUGUACACCAUAGAAUAAUUUUAAAAUAUUGUAGUAUAUUGUGACUAUCAACCCUUAACUGGUGAGUGUUGCACAAAUGCUGAUGUGUGAUUUUUAGUACAGUCUAGUGUGUGUGUGUUCGUUUGUAUUAAAGGUAACUGCUAUUGCAUAGGCACAGUUUGAAAGGAUGGGUUUAUAAUUUGACAUAGUGGUAUUUGGCGUAGAUGGAAUAACAAUUUCACCUUUUAAAUUUGUAGGUAGAUUUUUACAUCUACUAUUUUGCAGCUAGAAGUCUUCAUUUCCCUGGUAUAGAUGAGAUAAUGUGGAAACGGAAUGAAUGCAAUGCUAGAAGGAUUUUUGCUUUGGAAAAUAAAUGUGAUUGCUUUUAAUUAACACUUUAUAUAAGUAGCCUUUUAAAAUAUCAUUCUUGUUAUUCCAAAAUUGUAUUUGUUUGAGUUUGAUUUAAGAUCAGUGGUAGGAUACAAACAAAGCCUUUCACCAAAUGGUCAGCUGUUUGAAUCCAGCCGAACUCUGUUUAUUGGAUCUUGUUGGGACUGGUGCCAGAUCAAAAAAUCUGAGUGAAGAGUGGCAAUGAAUAUCCAUUGUUUGUUCCUUAUUAGGAGUAUAUAACACAGUCUCUCUACCUGAGACAUGCACCCAGAACUGAUAAGUACCUAGAUUCUUUAAUCCUGAGAAUGGUUAAGGAUAAUGCUGCAGCGCCAUCUAGUAGCCACAGGAGAGCUCUCUCACUUCUGGACCAGUUUGCAGUGGUGGUUCAUUUAGUAUUAAGAGAUGGAUAAUAGGGUCAUGUAAUUAGAUUUCUAUUAUAAUUACCAUCUGAGCAAUGUGAAGUAUGUCAAUCGAGUUCCUGGAUAGGUGUCCACAACUCAAAAACGAUUAGACUAAUUGGCUCCCUAUUCAGAAUCUGAGCAAAGAAGUCAAGAAUGUGAUAGGCAUCUCUUUCUCCUAUAGAUGGCUGUGGCUUGCUCAUUCUUUGUUUUAUUGCAAAGCCUAACAUGAUUUAAAUAAACCAUAUUUGAGCAAUGUAA